CUUGCUCCGGAAGGCUUUAAUUUGCACACUCGCCUCCGGGUGGGUCUGGGGCCCCAGAGGCUCGCAGGUCCCCGCCCCGCCGCGCAGCCUCCUGGCCUCGGGCCCCCAGCCGCGGCCAGAGCCCCGAGCCUCCCCAGCCUCCCCGCGGGCGGCGCCCUCCGCCGUCCCUCCGCCCUCCGCCGCAGUGCCCACCCCCUGCCCGCAGAGCGCUGCUCGCUGGGGCCGCAGUCAGUUACCUGCUCCGCGCGGCGAGCACGUGCGGGAGCCGACAGACAGACAGACAGACACUCCAGCUUCGCAGGAGGCCGGCGCCCCUGGCCCGCAGGUGCAGAGAUUGUGGGCAGACUAUGUAAUCGCUGCGGAGGGGGAAGAGGAGGGAUCGGCGCUCUCCAGCGGCGGCGCAGCGGCUCGGCUAGGCGGAGUUUCGCGGCGGCUGCGCCCGGCUUUUCGCCCGCGGGCGAGGAGGUCGCUCUGUCCAGCCCGGCGGCCGCGACUCCGACACCCCGGACCCUCUGUGCCGCGCCGGCAGCGUCCAGUCAGCAUGGAGAAGGACAGCCUGAGCCGCGCCGACCAGCAGUAUGAGUGCGUGGCGGAGAUCGGCGAGGGCGCCUACGGGAAGGUGUUCAAGGCCCGCGACCUGAAGAACGGCGGCCGCUUCGUGGCUCUCAAGCGCGUGCGAGUGCAGACCAGCGAGGAGGGCAUGCCGCUCUCCACCAUCCGCGAGGUGGCGGUGCUGAGGCACCUGGAGACCUUCGAGCACCCCAACGUGGUCAGGUUGUUUGAUGUGUGCACAGUGUCACGAACAGACAGAGAGACCAAACUUACACUGGUCUUUGAGCAUGUUGAUCAAGACUUGACCACUUACUUGGAUAAAGUUCCGGAGCCUGGAGUACCCACAGAAACCAUAAAGGAUAUGAUGUUUCAGCUUCUCCGAGGUCUGGACUUCCUUCAUUCUCACCGAGUAGUGCAUCGUGAUCUAAAACCACAGAACAUUCUGGUGACCAGCAGUGGACAAAUUAAACUGGCUGACUUUGGCCUUGCCCGCAUCUACAGUUUUCAAAUGGCCCUUACCUCAGUGGUCGUCACGCUGUGGUACCGGGCCCCAGAAGUCCUGCUCCAGUCCAGCUAUGCCACCCCUGUGGACCUCUGGAGUGUUGGCUGCAUAUUCGCAGAAAUGUUCCGCAGAAAGCCUCUUUUUCGAGGAAGUUCAGAUGUGGAUCAACUGGGAAAAAUCUUGGAUGUGAUUGGACUCCCAGGAGAAGAUGACUGGCCCAGGGAUGUUGCCCUUCCCAGGCAGGCUUUUCAUUCCAAAUCUGCCCAGCCCAUCGAGAAGUUUGUGACAGAUAUUGAUGAAGUAGGCAAAGACCUGCUUCUGAAAUGCUUGACAUUUAAUCCAGCUAAAAGAAUAUCCGCCUAUGGCGCCCUGAAUCACCCAUACUUCCAAGACCUGGAGAGGUACAAGGACAGCCUGCACAGCCACCUGUCAUCCACCCAGGGCACCUCGGAGCUGAACACAGCCUGAGGUUCCCCGGGGGUGCCAUGAGCUGGUCAUCGAAGCGUGUUGGUAGCUGACGAGUCCCCUCAGCAAGCCUUGCAGAGCAGCUCAAGAGUGCUGGCUGUCGACCUUCCAGCUGCCGGCUUCUGGAUGGGUUCUGCUCCACCAAGGACACCACCUAGUUUACUGUUCAGAAAUCAAUGCAAGAGUAAUUGCAGCUUUAUGUUCGUUCACUUGUUUGUUUGUCUGUCUGUCUCAAGAGCCUGGAAAACUUCCAGAAGAAGAGAAGCUGCUGACCAAUUGUGCUGCCAUUUCAUUUUCUAACCUUGAAUGCUGCCAGUGUGGGAUGGGUAAUCCAGGCCCAGCUGAGUUAUGAUGUCAUCUCUCGGCAGCUGCUGGGCCUGCCUUGGUACUUGUGAGUGUGUGUGAGAGAGAUCCCUGAUCU